UCGUUGUCGUCCCCUGUCAAUGGAAAACGGAGCGCAUCAAAAAAGAAGCAAAAAGUCUCCGCGCGACGACGGUAAUAGCAGCAAACAGCCAUUCUCCAUCUUAAGUUUUCUUCGCGGUGUGUCGGGUCGGUAAAGUGCAAAAAAUAUUUUCGGGAAAAUCGGUGGUUUCACUCGACAAAAUGAUGUGAAGUGAUGGUAAUCGACGAGAAAAAUAGUUUCAAUUGGAAAAAUCAUUGUUUGCGUGUUGCCGAAGUGCUCUUCGAAACGGUGUAUGAUUUUUCAAGGCGCCAACUUCAUCAGAGAAAUUGUGUGGACACAAGAGCUUGAAAGGAAAGGCAAGCUACAGUAAAAAGUGAACGAAUCAUUUCCCGUAUUAGUGCAGUUUGCUCAGCUCUCGACCGACCCUGGAUUUAUAGGUGGAGCUGUAUGUGAUAAUCCCGGACCAGUUGUUCGUGUCGAGAAUAUAAAAAGAAAGUUGCUAAAUAAAACCCGCUGGCAGGAUUAGUUAUUGUGUUCAAUGAAAGACGGAACGCGAUUUUGGAUGUCGAAUCAAAAUGGCUGCAGUCGUCGAAGAGCCUGACCUGUUCAACGGGUUGGAAAUAACGGAAAUGGACGACAUGAACAUGGAGAACGGAGACGAGUACGUGUUUAUUCCUUCGGAUAACGAGAACGACGAAGAAGUCUCCGGAGGCGACCAAGAUUCAUUGGCCAGCCGUUCCGUUUUUCCGCGCACAACAGCCUCCGGUUCGCUCAUGCACCUAACCGCAAUCGAAAACACCGACAAAACGGUCGUUAUAAACAACGCUGCGGGCCGGAUGGAAGGCGAUAGCUCGCAUGUGUUACCAAGAAUUGAUUUGGCAAGUUUAUUGGAACAGACGAUUGGUGAUGUUUCGCAUACUGAAUCAGAAGACCGUAUAAGUGUUGUGGCAAAUGUAGAUCUUACAGAGGAAAACGAGAAUACUAAAAAUGUCGGAGAUCAACGAUAUGUGGUCAGUUAUGACCUCAGUUUGGAUACACAGGAACUUCUCAGUAUUGGACAAACAGAAAUAUCCGCUUCGAUGGAUGCAAUCGAAAACAGUAAUCAGAUAAUCGUUCAUGGCAUUCAUGACAUUACCAUUAAGGAUGAAAUUGAUAUCGAAGAAGCAGUAGUAAACUUUCCUAAAGACGAGGAGGCUGGUCCUCAAAUGGAGUUAUUUGCCCACGAUGAGCACAAUCUCGGUAGUGAAGUUAUUACUCUCGAUUCAGAUGCAGCUGAAAGUGAAGGGGAAGAAGAUUGUGUUCUUCUGUCAUUGAUGGAACAGUGCCCUGUUCCUAUUGAAGAGGAGGGCCCUAACGAAGAUAAAACACCGGUAGAAAAUGAUCAUGCCUACACGUGUGAAGAACCAGUCCAGGCUAAUAUUUCACACAAUGAGAAACCAGAAACAGAUAUGCAAAUAUUCGUGGACCUCUCAAAAAGGUUACUGGAAGAAGCAGAUUCUUCUGCCAUCGAUAUAGACCGAAAGCUCAAAAGUAUAGACGACAUCGAAGAGCAGUGUCGUUCUCUAAAAGAAAAGAUCCUAUCACUACGUGAAAAAGAUACAGUACCACCGACGAAAGGUAAACCUUCUCAACAGGUCUUGUCGAGGUCUGGAUCACCAGCACUGCCCUGUAAUCCUGCUGAUACGGCUGUGUCAGGGCUUCCCAUAGCCAAUGAACCGCCUCAACAUAGAUCAAACGAAUUAGACAAUCUUUCGAUAGCCCUUUCGGAAAAUUGUUCGGAACCAAUGGAGUGUCGUUCACUGCCCGAUCUAGCAUCGGAAACUAGUGACAAAACCGAUGAAACUACUAACGAUCCGGCUGUCAUGGAUGAGUCUAAAGUAUGCUCUACAGAUGAAGAACCCACAGAGCAAGCCAGAACGGAGAAUUUGUCAAAAAUGUUGUCACCAGAUCGGUCCGAACCACUCGAAAAUAUGAGCAUUAGCAAUAUCAAUAAAGCAAACAGCUGUGCUCCGAAUGAAACACUGCAGACCACUAUAGACGAUGAUCGUGAUGUCGAUAGUGAUAAACUCAUGCCAGAAUUAGAAUUACUAACUGCCACAGAGAAUCAAUUGAAUUCCGGUGAACAGACGAGUUCGAAGAAUUUGCAAAUUGCAUGUGUGGAUGAUCUGAUUGCGUAUGGAGCGUUAUUAACGAAACAGUGCCACGUUUGGCUUGAUAAAGUUAUCGAGAAACGUCGACAGCAGAAUGUUGAAGUUCCGGCCGAUGAUGAGCAUGACCGCCUUGAAAAUUUCAUGACCAGUCUUAGCAGAGACAUGCAGCGAUUGUCAACUAAGGUGCGACCUGAUGAAAAACCUACUUCAACAGUUCAACGGGUUGAUAUAGCGAUACAGACCGAAAAACGUAAGCUUACUGCGGAGAAAGCGAAAGCACUGAACGAAAAGUACAAGAAACGACUGCUGAGUUCGUUAGCUUCUGUAGAAGCAGUCUACAGUGAUUCAUCCGACGGUGCCGUUUCGUGUGGCUCUAAUGCAGCCGAAUCCAGUGAUUCUGGCUCUGCCAGACAUGAAAACGACUCCGGAGAUGACGAAGCUUUCGAACGGCGACAAAAUCGACGGAAAAAUAAGCGUCUGAAAAAAAAUCAAGUUCUCGAAUCUCUGAAUCGUUCCAUGGAAGGAACUUCGACCCGGGAAGGUGAUGAAGCAUCGGACUCGGAAAUAGUGCCCCACAGACAACGAAAUGUUCAACGUUUGAACAGCAUUGAUUCGUUGGAUGCGAAAGGAGGAGAAGAGGAAGAAGAGUCAUCUGAACCCGAUUUGUCACAAUUUUUGAUACCAAAAUCUCCUAUUUCUUCUGCCGUUGGAAGUGCACCGGAUGAUAUUUCAGUGAAAAAUGAACCAUUCUCCGAGAACGACUCCGAACCGGUUAGUCGGAAGCGAAUUAUCCGUACGGACAGUGUGGACUACGGGAAUGAUGAAAUUGACGAUGCUAGAAUGGAAACGGACAAGGAUAAUGAAUCCCCCCGGUUGGUAAAACAAGAAUUGUCAUUGAACAUAUCACCAUCGCAGAGCAUGCACAGUUUAGAUCGACCAAAGGUACUCGAAGAAGUGAAUGACGAACUACGGAAAGAUAUCGAAGAGCAAUCCGACAGUGAGCUAUUGGAGGACGUUCUACCACAGGUGGAUGAUAUUUUGCUCGAUGUGGAUGAUAUUCUACCUGCAGCGGAAGGAGUUGUCCAAGAUUAUUUGGUCGAAGAAGAGGUUAGAUCCGAACAAGAAGAGGUAGUAGAAUCCAAAGGAGAGCAGAAGGAAGUGGUUAAAAAACCAAAGAAGACUGGUAAAACCAUUGAAAGUGAUGAUGAAACGGUAGAAGAAGAGCAAGAGGAAGAACCAAAGGAAAGGGCUCUGGAAGACAUGACCGAAUCGGAACUGGAAGAGUACUACGAUAAUUUACGGGAAAAGGAAAUUGAUAAACUCUGCAAUCUGGACAAUCUGGAAGUGGCGAGAAAUGCAUACCCACAAAAGCCACAGGAAGUAAAGAAAAAACCUGUUAUUGUGAAAAAGAAAGAGGGUCGAAUCAUGGACGAUAUUCUGAAUGAUGUCGAAAUCCAUCCCGAGUCAGAUGAUAGCGAAAGUGAUACCGAGGUCAUGGAGACGGAAGAAUUGUUCCUUCAGAAGUGCAAUGAAAAUAUGAAGCAUCAAAUGCUUAACCAGUUAAGUAGUAGUGACACGGAUCCAAAUUCUGGUAGCGAGGAUAGUGUGGUAGAGGCACUUCGUCAAGACAGGGAUGGUGAUUCUGAUGAUUCCGCUGGAUCUAUUUUGAUGGAAAAAUUCCUGAAAAGUUUGAACAAAGAACACCCAGAUAGUGAGGAAGGUGAGGAUGAAAAUGAAAAACAAACCGAAGCCAGUGAUCGAAGGGAGGACGACGACAAUGAGAAAGCGGAAGAUCUGGAUCGAAUUGGCACUGAGGACAAUUCCGAAGCUGACAAAACUAAAGAAAGUGAGCAAAGUUUUAUCGCUGACGACGUGGAACCGGAUAACGAGGAAGCCAUGGAAAAGAUGAAGAACCGUCUCAAGAAAACAGAUUCGGCAAAAAGUGGAAAUGAGAAAUCAUCCACCGUCAUCGUUACCAAGGAUAAGACGGAAGAAAGUAAAUCUGCAAUAUCUAAAACAACUUGCAUUGAUCCGAUCGAUAAGCAAUUGUUCAGUAAGAAAAUGUUUCGAGAAGUUGACGAAACGCUACGAAAGGACCGUGAGCAAGAAGCCCUUGGAAAAGAGAAUGGUUCCAUUACGGAUCGCUCGGAAAAAAUUGUCAGUGAGGAUUCGGACGUCGAACUGCUAGACGUGUCAAUGUUCCAACCCAAACGAAAAAUGAAGGAGAAAACAUUGGAAGGCUUCAAUUUCAGUGUCAGUGCCAAACGUGCGACUCCUCAGUUAAAACGGAAAGACACCAAGGAAGACGAUUGUAUUAGUCUGAGUUCGGAAAGUGAGGCCGAGGUAGAAGAGUCUACGAACGAAGUGGACGAAAAAGAAAACAAGCAGCGGAAAACACGAACCAUGCUAACUCAAGAUCAACUAGCCGAUGAAACCAAGACGGCACAGAAAGACGAAGAAAUACGAGUAUCGCGUUUGAGGAAGAAAAAUGAGAAUUUGAAAAAGUUCCUAACUUCAUUCACGCCGGGUCCUGACGAAAGCAAUUUGGUGUUGGAUUACGAUUCGAAAACGGGCAAAGCUAUUUGCGUCCAUCCGGAUAUCGUAAAGCUGCUUAAACCUCAUCAGCGGGAAGGUGUAAGAUUCAUGUAUGACAAUACGUACGGAAGCAUUGAUUACAUCAAUAAACACCCUGGCUCUGGGUGUAUUCUGGCGCAUUGUAUGGGCCUUGGUAAAACACUACAGUUGAUUACUGUGCUACACACGGUAAUGCGUUAUCCGCAGUUGAAAACCAAACGAGUGUUGGUUAUUUGUCCCAAAAGUACCGUCAUGAACUGGAGCGAUGAAAUCCAGCAUUGGCUGGGCUCACUGAAAAGUGGUCCACGGCUGAAGGUAUUUUAUUUCCCCGAUAACAGCGACGUCAACGAUAAGCUAAAGGUGCUCAGCGACUGGUUUUCUUCGACAGCUAGUCGAUGCGGUUGUAUGCUAAUUGGUUACGAAGCGUUCCGGGUUCUCGUGAACUAUGAGAAACGUAAACGAACGCCGUCGAAUAUCCUUGCGGCGAAAGCGGCAUUCGUCAAGAAAAAAGUGGAUGAAUACCUGCUGGAUCCGGGUGCGGAUCUGGUUAUCUGCGAUGAAGGACAUCAAAUUAAAAACAAAAAGUCUGCCAUCAGCGGGGCGGUGUCGCAAAUUAAAACUAGACGAAGAAUUGUGCUGACCGGAACGCCCAUUCAGAACAAUUUGAAAGAAUACUACUGUAUGGUUAAUUUCAUCAAACCUUCUUUUCUGGGAAGUGAUCGAGAGUUCAACAAUCUCUACGCCAAUCCGAUCAAAAAUGGCCAACAUAAAGAUUCGGACAGUCGGGCAAUCAAAAUUAUGAAGCAAAGAUCCUACGUGCUGCACAACAAACUUUCAAAAUUUGUUCAGAGAAGAGAAGCGGGGGUGCUGAAGGAGUUCCUCCCGGAAAAGUUUGAGUAUGUGUUAUUCGUUCCACUAACACCCGUACAAGAAAAAAUGUACGAAGUUUUUCUACAGAUGAAUGAAUAUACUACCCCGAUCGGCGAGGGAAUCGGAGAGAGUGCGAGAGGAAAGAAGUUUAAGCUGUUAGCUGAUUAUACUUCGCUGAGAAAGAUAUGGACUCAUCCGAAGGUGCUCGAAAAGGCAUGGGAAACAGCCGUACAGGAGAAGACAAAACGCGACGCCCGGUUUCGUCUAACGUCGACACCGGAUUCGGACGAUGAUCGACCGGACGACUACAAUGAUAUCGCAUCCGGUGCACUGUCGGUCACUAACGACUGGUGGCGUCGGCAUCUGGAAGCGAAUGAUCUGGAGUCGCUGUAUCCGAGCAACAAACUGCGGGUCAUGUUCGAAAUUUUGAAACAAUGCCAGGAACGGGGUGAAAAGUGUUUGAUCUUCUCUGCCUUCGUUGCGGUGCUGAACGUGGUGGAGCAUUUUAUGGCCAAGAUACACUCCCAGCAGAAUGAUCCCGCCGCCGAUGCGUACGGUUUCAGCUCAUUCAAGGGACCAUGGGAACCGGGCAUAGAUUAUUACAGGCUGGAUGGAAAAACGCAAAAAACGAUUCGACAUAAGAUGAUUACUUCGUUCAACGAUUUGUCGAACAAGCGAACCAAAUGUUUCCUGAUUUCGGCAAAAGCCGGCGGACAAGGAAUAAAUCUUAUUGGAGCUAACCGGGUUAUCAUCUUGGACACUUCGUGGAAUCCGUCCAGUGACCAGCAAAAUAUUUUCCGAAUUUUUAGAUUGGGUCAAAAGCGGAAAUGUUACGUAUAUCGGUUGCUAGCAAUGGGAACCAUGGAAGAGAAGGUCUAUUCCAGAUCGGUUACGAAGCAAGCGAUGAGUUUUCGGGUCGUCGAUGAGCAGCAAAUUGAUCGACACUACAGCUUUUCGGAGUUGGCCGAGUUGUACAACUUGUCGAAGGUUGCCGACCAGGUACGAGAAACGCCCAUUCUGCCAGCAGAUGAUUUGCUAGCUUCGUUGCUAAGAAACUUCCCGGCAUGUGUUUUCAAGUAUCAUGAGCACGAUUCCUUGCUGGAGAAUAAACCGGAGCAAGAUUUAAGUGAGGAAGAUAAGAAAGAAGCUUGGGCGGCAUACGAACGUGAAAUCCAAAACAAUGACAAACCAUCGUACUUGGGAAGCUUGGGAAUGAUGCCGAAUUUUUUGGGUCCUGGAUUUCCUGGGGCACCUGGUUCGGGGCUUGGUCCGUAUCCACCAAUUAACUAUCCUGGUCUUUCGGGAACGCUGGCGGAUAUGUAUCGAAAUGAUUUCGGUUAUGGAUCCAGUAUUAAUCGGCUGAUGUACCCUUACGGUACUCAACCGUUUCCGAUGAUCAACGAUCCGAGCUAUUCCUCGAUAAUGGGCAAACAACCGUUUCCGAAUUACAAUCUACCCGGCUCGUCAGGAGGCAUACCGGAUUUUGCGUACACUGCAGCCAUGAACGGUCAGGGGCCUGCUGGAACCACAAGUUACAAUUCCACUGUGGCACUACAAAGUCUUCUGGAUCUUUACGCAAAAUCUAUGUCCAGUGGUAUGAGCCCUAGUACUGCCUCGAUAACAACCGCCCCUACAGUUUCUACGAGCACAUCAGCCACGUCGAUGGGUGUAUCUCCGUACAACGCUCUGAAUUCAUUGAAACAGUUCAACGGAUUUCCUGUUAAUGUGCCUAGCGGUAGUCCUUUGCCACAUCCACCUCUACAGCUUCCUCCGCCGAUUAACUCACAAGCUCCCAGCACAUCCAGUAAUGCGGCACUCAUAAAUAUGCUGAACGAACAACCGAUGCCGAUGUCAUCUGCUGCAUCGUCUGGUCCGUUUUCUCAUUUGAGUUCUCCUCUACCGGCUCCGACGAUAUCAAUACCGCAAAGAAGUACGCCCAACCCUACAGUAACAACGAUGGCCAACCCCUCACCAGUAUUAACCACUACCACAGUCGGCAAACAUGUUACUCCCAGUACGACUGGACAAUAUUCCACACCCUCACCCUCGUUAGCGCGAUCCAGUGGACCUUCACCUACUUCGAAGCCAGAAGAAGCUAGCAAUCCGAAAGCAGUUCCUUUAACUACUACUACUAGUACUACUACUAGCACUAAAACUACUACGAUCGUUGCUAGCGAUGAUGACGAUGUCGAUGAUGAUGGAGUCCCCCGGCCGCAUAUCAUUGUCCGCGAUCCAUCCUCGAUAAACGCAGGUCCCGCAAAUCCACAGGACAAGGAGAAGGUAGUUAAGAAAAUAAACAUGGGCAUUGUCUAUCCGGAAGAAAAGAAAAAGAACCAGUCCAAAGAUAUUAUGCUGAGCGCAAAAAGUAUAACGAAUCUAGCUACCAAACCAACGAUAGCCGUUAAGAACGUGGAAAGUAUGAAAGCUGCUCCAUCUGGUUUUGGCAAUCCAAAAGCAGUUUCUUCCGGGCUCUUGAUGCAACGUACUGGAUCUGCCACUGGUAAGCAAAUUCGAAUGCCUGCUACACCAUCGCCACUAUCGAAUCUCCCGAGACAACCACCUCCCCCCGGAGGAGUGCUUCAACCCUUAACGCGAGUUCCAUUGGCCAGUGCAGCACCAUCCAAUAAUGCCAGUCGAAUGCAAACUCCGACACCGAGGCAACAGGUACCUGUCAUAACCAGUGCUAAGUCUUUGCAAAUGUCAACCAUCAACACGCAGGCGUCACCACAAGGAGCAUUCAAUGCCCAGCAAAGAUCAUCCCAACUACCAACCGCAUCGUCAACCAGUGCAUCCCCUACCACCAACUCCACAGGACCACAGUCUAGCACACCUCGUGGUUCGAUAGCAGCCCAACAGCUUCGCGAACUGCAACAACGAAUGAAUCUUGGUGGUAGUAAUAGUUCAAUUAGUGGCGGCAGCACAAGCCAUUUAGUUGUUGCUAAACCGAAGAAAAAUCAGUUGAUCCCUAAUCCACAUCGGACGGCAACUGCCAAACAGCAGAACGCCCAUCCAGUGGGACUGUAUGCAUCGCCUGCGGCAUCAUUGGGCAAUCCGAAACAGCAAAAAGUUGCUUCUGUUACUACUGCUUCUUCUCCCACCAUAUCCAGUAGUGCACCGAAAGUCACGAAACAUGUUUCACCUUUGUCGGAUAGUGUUAGUAUAACGAAGAUUACCAGCACUGGUCAGCGGAUUGCUAUGAACAAUCCGUCCAUCAGUGCAAUCAGUACCAGUACUUCAGCCCCCGCUUCUUCGUCCGCCUCGAUGAGUCCUGCGCUCCUAAGUAGUAGUUUAGGACGAAAGCAAGAUUUGGUGAUAACCAAAACCAUUCCGGGGGCAGCCACCGUGCGGAAAGUGGUUCCAGGUCCAAACAUGAUUGUGAAACAGCAUGUUGCAGGCAAUGUGAGGCGAACUAUUCCAACGGUGUCACCAGCGAUGAGAACCACAGCAUCCACCACCUCGACGGGACCCGGUGCAGGCACUAGCGGAAUUCGAACACUACCACCUGGUACGAACAGCAGUAUAACGGUACGGAAGCGAAAGGCAGAACCAACACUGAUAGACAGUCUGAAGGCUAAAAACAAUUCCAUCACCAUCAGUGAAGUGAGGUCUAUCUAUCAGCCGCCUGCCCCCAAAAAGCUCAAUCAGGGUACACUGGUUCAGCCACAGAAGCGACUAGGAAGUGGUAUUACGAUCACCCCGCGGAAGCCGGCAGCCCAACAGCAGCCACAGCAAAACGUACUCGAGGUUGUGGAAAUCGAAUGAACACAGGUCUCACCGUGCAGCAGCAUGUCGAUAGGAUUGGACAGCUGAAUCAACUGAGAUGUUACCAGUACUCACUUUCCUAUUAGGAUAUAUGCGACAAUGUUGUUCCCGGAAAUCCAGUGAGCACAAGUUUGGCAAACGCAAAAUUUCGAUGGUCGUAAUUUAAGAAACCCAAUUACAGGAAACCAAAUCUAUUUUCAAACAUAACUCUGCAAACUCUGAUUGUUCAAGUGAGUUUUCACCCUUUGUAUAUAGUAAACGUAAACUAACGGCAUGUCGCACAAUGACAGACAGCAGCAAAAAUUAGAUUUGCCAUACUUACCUGCAAAUUUUAAUUGAGGGUUUUUAUAUUUUUUUAGAAUAUUUUUGCUAGGCAAAGUUCGAUUUUGUAAUUAUGCAGGCUUGUCAAUAUCUUGUACAUAGACACUUAUCAUCUGGAAGUUAGAUAACUACAUUAUUUAUUUACUUUUACAUUAUUUUAUGGUGCAGUCGAAAAACAAAAUGUCAUAGGAUCAAAGUUGACGAACGCAAUCGAUUUUCAAAGUAAUAGUGAGUGACUCAAUUUCAUGUGUAAGCAAAUCUAGUGGAGCAUCAGCACCUAAUAUUGGUAGCGGCUACUGUAGGAAAAUGCAACAAGUCUAACAAGUGUAAAUAUUUUAGGAGCACUGAAAAAUCAUUCACUUUUUAAAUGGCAAUAAAAGUUGUGUACAUUUGUUAAUAGCAUUUGUGAUCCCACA